AUGGAAUGGGCAUUAGCCAAUCUACUCAACCAUCCAGACGUGCUAAGGAAAGCUAAAGCAGAAGUGGACGCUCAAGUUGGAGACCGCUUGAUAGAAGAGUCAGAUUUUGCAAAACUACAUUACCUUCAGAGCAUCAUCUCCGAGAAUCUGCGUUUAUGUCCGGUGACACCGCUUAUACCACCGCACAUGCCAUCCUCCGACUGUACCAUUGGAGGAUACCAUGUCCCAGCUGGGACUAUAUUAUUUGUAAACGCAUGGUCUCUCCACAGAGACCCUACACUGUGGGAUGAGCCCACAAGUUUCAAGCCUGAGAGAUUUGAAUCUGCAGCCAGAGUUGAUGCAUCCAAGUUCAUCCCCUUUGGGAUGGGAAGGAGAGCUUGUCCUGGAGAUGGCCUAGCAAAAAGAGUAAUGAUCUUAACUUUGGGAUCGUUGAUACAGUGCUUUGAGUGGGAUAGGGUUGGUGAAAGCAAGAUUGACAUGGCAGAGAAGACAGCACUGACCAUGUUCAAAGUUGAGCCCUUAGAGCUCAUGUGUAGAGCUCGCCCGAUUCUAGACAUGUUCCUCUCUUUAGGUGAUCAAAAAAUAUAA